GUUACAUUCUGGAAGAAUUCUCCUGUCAAAUCAGAAAUAAUGUCAAAUCUAAUUCUUUGAACAAACUUUUAAAAACUAUAAUUUUUAAAUUAAUAACAAAUAGUGCAUUCUUAUUUAAUGCUGAAAUAAGUUAUUAAAAUUAUUGUAUAAGCAGGAUUUAAAGAAUGGCUUCUCGAGACUAUGAUCACUUGUUUAAAUUGUUGAUUAUAGGAGAUAGUGGUGUUGGGAAAAGUUCUUUACUUUUACGAUUUUCUGAUAAUACAUUUACUGGAAGUUAUAUAACAACUAUUGGAGUAGAUUUUAAAAUAAAAACCGUAAAUAUUGAUGAUGAAAAAGUUAAACUACAAAUCUGGGAUACAGCUGGUCAGGAGAGGUUCAGAACCAUAACAAGCACUUAUUAUAGAGGAACACAUGGAGUAGUUAUAGUUUAUGAUGUAACAAAUGGGGAAACUUUUGCCAAUGUUAAAAGAUGGUUACACGAAAUAGAUCAAAACUGUGAAGUUGUUAAUAGAGUUUUGGUGGGCAACAAAAAUGAUACGCCUGAUCGUAAAGUAGUACUAACGGAAGAUGCUCAACGUUUUGCCGAUACGAUGAAAAUUCAGCUAUUUGAAACAUCGGCCAAGGAUAAUAUUAACGUGGAAGAAAUGUUUAUGACAAUAACAAGGCUAGUUCUAAAAUCAAAAAAGGAAAUGAAGCAACUGCAAAGUGCUCAAAAUGAUGUAGUAAACUUAAGAGAUAAGAAAAAAUCCUCAAAAAAGAGCAAGUGCUGUUAGCACAAGUAUUUUGAAUAUGUGUGUGGGUGACUGCAAUGUCUUUGGUGAAGUGAUAAGUGUAUUUAAAUUAUUUUACUAAUCCUUUUAAUUGAGAAGAGGAAACAACUACCUUAAUCCAUUAUUGGUUAUUCUAAAUGGCAUAAAAAAGUAAGACACGAAUGGCUUAGUCGUUAGUGAUAAUGCCGCAUAAUAUUAUGUUAAGCCAAAAGUUUUAUGUGAUAUUUUAAAUUUAUUUCAUUCUAUGAAUUUUUGGCAGUUUAUUUUCGUUAAUAAAAAUCUGAAAUACUAAAAUACUCUAAUUCAUUACAAUAUUUGUCAAAUUUAUUUUGCGUUUUUGAUAUAUAACUUUUAUUUAUAUCUGUCUGACUGCUCUGAAUAAAUAUGAAAUAUGUAAUAUUGUAAAUAGCUUCUUUCUUAGUAGCCAUACUGAUAAUAUAUAAUGUGCAUUUUCUCGUCCUGGGUCUUAGUCUUUCUUAGUCGAUUUUAAUAUUUUAUAGAAAAUCCAGCAAUACCGCAUAAGAGAAUUUUCAUUAGGGUAUCUCCGUCAUUAUCUUUACACGUUAUAAUACAGACCACCGACUUAAGAUGAACAGGUUUUAAUCAAAAUUACUAUUUCGGCCCAUUAACUUUUUUUAACCAACUAAUUUAAAAAUGAAAAUAAAUUCGCUUAAAAAAUAUUUGUUGAUAAAAGACCAGACGUCUACCGGUUUUAAACUGCCAUUCAUGUUACUGGAAAGAAGCUAUAGAGAACUAUACAUUUCCAAUAAUUUAAUUUUGUUAUUUAACUCUUGUAUCUUCCUGUAAAUAACCAUAACAUGUAAAUAGUUAAAGUUAUAAGCUAUAUAUAACGUGUGUGAUUGUGCGUAAAAAGAAUUAUAUGAAAAUAUUAGCAGUAAUUUAAUAAUUUAGUACCUAAUUGUUUUACGUGUUGCCAGUAAGUAAUAUCUUUUUCUGUUUGCAGGUUUUUCACUAAUCUGAGAAUAAAAUCAGUAAAAAAAUAAUUAAAAACAUAAUAUAUGCUUUCUACUAAACGCUUAGGUAUUUAAAAUUUAAAGAGACAUCCCCCCUGAUAGCUCUUCACUAACUUCACUUCAGCGCAAAUUUUAUUAUUAGGGGACACUCGAGAGACUUCUGUGCAGUACCGUCAAUUUUCUUUUACCCCUAGUAGUCCCAGUGGAUCCUAGAGCGAUCAGACAUAACUUAUUUUCACAAGGAUGAAACUUUAGGCUCUCAGUAGUGCUUUAAAUACCGGUGUGUUUGUGGGGUUCGCCCUGUGACACCUUGGCAGAUACCAGGUGAGAAAGGUAACUAAAAAUAAGAGUUACU